UACAUUCGCACCCACGUAGCGAGCGCCUGGACCAAGCGGCACUGGCCAGGGACCCCCCCCGCCCCGCCCCGCCAUUUACCGUCUCCUCCCCCGCCACGGACACCCACGGGCGCGGCGGCGGCCCCGGGGCCGGCGGCCCUGGCGAGGCGCAGCUGGAAGCUCCCGGCGCCCGCAGGAUACUUGCAUUUCACGCGCACUUUCUUGCCCAGCCGGUCGUUGCAGACAACUUCGAUCAUGCUGCCGGCCUGGGGGGAGGCGAGAGGCGUGAGGGGGGCGGGGGGCAGAGGCCGCGGGGGGGGGAAGACCCAGGCCCGCCCCCUCUCCCCGUACCUACCGCCGCGGUCGCUGCCCGUCAGUCCCGCGGAGAGCGAGGCCGAGACUGACCCGGAAGCGGAAGUGUUCUGCCAGCGGCCGGAAGUCAGUGUGGCCGGGGCCGGGCUGACCCGGAAGCGGAAGUGUCUGGUGAUGGCGGCGGCCGCGGGCCUGGGGGCGCUGCCCGACUCCCUGCUGCUGGAGAUCCUGCGGCUGCUGCCGCUGCGCGAGCGGCUGCGCGGGGCCAGGGUCUGCAGACGCUGGCGUAGGCUGGUACAGGACAAGAUGCUCUGGAGACAUGUGGAUUUAAUGCCCUACAAGAUCAGCUCCAGGAUCCUGUGGCACCUGCUAAAGCAGUACCUGUGCAAUAGCCUGAGGAUACUGAAAGUGAGAGGAGCUCUCUACUCAAUGAGAAAGCUUGAGUUCCUUUCCCCGGCGCUGUUCCAGGCACUCGGGAAGCAGUGUCCCAGCCUCCAUCACCUGUGCCUGACCCAGGCUGACCUCCGUCGGCUCCCAUAUGACUGUAUACCAUCUUCUCUAAAGAGCAUGAAGCUGAGCUGGUGUGAGAUCCCUGCUCUGUGGUUCCAAAGAUCUGCAUCUCCAGAGACUCCCAGAGUCCUGCCACAACUACAGCAUCUCAUGAUCCAUAACGUCUCUGCCUUUUCUGAUCAGCAUCUGCUUAACAUCUCAUCUCAGACCAGCCUAAGGACACUGACCCUCUCUGAAACCUACCGGCUGACAGACGCUGGGAUUCAGAGAGCAGCCCCAUAUCUGGAGGACCUGGAACGCUUGGUUCUGCACAAAUGUGUCAUUACAGAUGCUGCUGUUCACGUCAUCGGGCGUCACAUGAAACAGCUCCGCUCUUUGGAAUUCAGCAAUACUUGUUCCAUAACAGAUGCAGGCCUGGCUUGUUUAGCAGCCUUGAAGUGCUUGGAAACCCUCCGCCUCGAGUCUAGAUUUAAGCUUUCCCCUGAUGCCAUUGUUGCUGUGUGCCAGGCACUCCCCCAGUUAAGGAAUCUCAAUUUAGAUGGGAUUGACUUUGAAGACCAGGAAAUACAUAAAAUUCAGGCAAUGGAGACUUUAUCGUGUAUCUUGCUCCUGAAGGUAACGGAGGCAGAAAGGAAAUGGCUCCUGCAUGCGUCUGGCUACUGUUAGUCUGUGUGCUGCAACGAUGCCUGCCGAAUUAAUUGCUGAGUGGCAUGGGAAAGUGUCCUGCCACGGCAGAAGAAGUAAGGCAGCCCUCCCCAGAAACCUUUGGCAGAGGAUUGCAACCUACUUCCAGGAGAGUUUCCUUGAGGUCUCUGUGGAGGAUGCACGGGACAUCCCGGUGCACAUAAACAAACUGUUCCACGGGGCCCUCUCCGUCUAACUGUACAGGAGAAUGAGAAGCAGAUAGCAACUCUGCCUCUAUGGUUAUUUCACUAUCUCUUCUAACCUGAUUAAAAACAUGAACAGAUGUGUGCCUGCAAUACUGAAGCAAACGUCAUACUUACCAGAGGUUCCUUUCCCUGAAUCAGGCUUGCUGGUGCUGGAUGAUAGGGACCGGCUCAACUGCUCUGGUGUCAGGAAGAGGUCCUGGCUUGCCACACCACUGGAUCCCCCGGUCGCCUGUCCCCCACUCUCCUACUCCUGUUCCUCAUCCAACACCUUGUACUCAGGGUUCACUCCAGUGGUGCAUGACACUGACUCCUCCAAAGUAUUCCACAGGGCCCUUGGGGGGGUGCUGGGCUUGCCGCCAGGGAAGCCAUGCAGCUCAUUGUAGAAGCAGCGUAUCUGUGGCUCUGCACCAGAGCAAGUGUUUGCCUCCCUUGCCUUCUGGUGUGCCUGCCGCAGCUCCUUGAUUUUCAUGUGGCACUGCUGCGUUUCCCUGUUGUAGCCCUUCUCCACCUUGUCCCAAGCCAUCUGGCCAUAGAUACCUACACGUCUGUGGCUGGGUCGGAGCUGUGCUUGCAUGGUUUCUUCUCCCCGGAGACCCAGGGGAUCCAGCAUAUCCUGUGUGCUCCAGACAGGAGUGUGUUUGCUGCGUGGAACCAGCAUGGUCAACUGGGCAGAUGCUAGAUGAGCUCUCCAUGCUGAGCAAACAGGAAAUGGGAUUUCCAAAAUUCGCAGGUCUUUAAAAGGUACGUGGCGAGUACCUGGCCACCAGACUGUGGAGUUCAGAACAGUGACCAGAGCGGUAGUGAUGUGGCAUUGUGGGACACCUCCUGGUGGCCAUUAAAGUUGACGUAAUUAACACAGCGUCUACACUGACACUGUAUCGUCAUAACUACAGUGACUUAAGCGCUACACCUCUUGUGGCAGUGGAAUUAUUGAGUUGACGUAGCGGGCGAUUUACUUCGUCAGGAGCGUCGUUAUAGGGUCGAUGCUGACCGAAUAAGAGCAACGUAAGCCACCUUGCGUUGACCUAACUGUAGCAUAGACUAGACCUAAGUGUAUGCGAAUAACUAAAGCAUAGGUCUUGGGUAUUAUAUUUGAAUAAUAUUAGCAGGCUGCCAGCAGCCAGAUCCUGCUCCUGGUUUGUUGGGUUACAUUGCUGUGCGUGGCUGCUUGUGCCUUCUAUUGUUUAGUUACUCCCUCAUCUUUACCUGCUCUUACAAAGCUCUGAGUUCACGUUAGCAAGUUUGGGCUGAUGUUAAAACAGUAGCUGUUAUGAAGUUUCCAUUCUGGGACACACUGAGGUUUUGAAUCUGCUGAGUUGUUAUCUAUAAUCAAAUGUAAGAUUUAUUUAUAAAAUAAAAAUGCUUUUAGAUCUGUAAA